GUCAUGAGCUAGAAGUGGCUCAGAUUGGCAACACGGCAGAGGAGUCCUCCUACACUGUUGGACGGUUAGAUGCCAACUCAGGAGACGAUGACAUCCUUAACCUGAGGUCCCAUGAUGACAACCGCAAUUUACAACGACUGUCUGCCCACCUUAGCAUGCCCGGGGAAGUUGAAAAUGACAACAGAGCAGUAGAAGCCAGAAUCAGACGAGCAUCUGAGUCCAGCCAGACAUCCCAAAAAUCAAUGUCAAGUAAAAGAAAGAGUGGAGAUUUUGCACCAGAAAAAGAAAGUGGCAUAGGGGUAACUACGCCAUCUGCAAAAGAUCGCAUUUUGGCUUCAUCCAAGUCAAUAACAUCAGAGAUCUUUAAAAUUGGCACCAAGGUUCUCUCUCCUACACGUGAGAAGCUAGCAAAAACUGAAAACAGAAAUUCAAACGCUUCCCUGAGUAGCAACAGUAGCAGUGGAGAACGUCCUGUGCUAAUGACGCGCAAGCAGUUGGUAGAUCCCUUUGCAUCAGAUGAUGAAGAUGAGCCAUCUGCCCCACCUGCAACCCAGGAGCAGCCACCAGCAAGUCAACAAGACAUUUCUCAUAAUGAUGAUACCUUCAACCAAAACAACAGAAAUUCACAGUCACCAAGAUCUCCUCCAACUUCACCUACUGAAGAGCGCCCAUCAUCCCGACAUGAAGAGCUUAAAGAAAGAGCAAGACACCUCUUAGAACAGGCAAGACGAGAAGCACAAACCCGUGGGCCUCAGCGAUCAUUAUCAAAGUCUGUUGUUGGUAGUUCACCCACAGCAGUAAAGGUAAACCUGAAACCUGCUAAAUGUAUUUAA